UGAUGGAAGGUGGGCGCGGUUUUCUUUGCUAUGUGACUGUAUUGGUGUGAUGGAAGGUGGGCGUGGUUUGCUUUACUGUGCGUUACUGCGUGCACUCGGUACAGAGAGAUGGAUCUGGGCGAAUCGAAUCCUCCAAAAGGAAUAUUUGUAUGCCACCUGUGCGGACUAUCGGUUCCAUACACUUACUUUGGACAAAAGCCGCCACAUGCGCACUCUGUAAUACUGUUGGAAGAAUGUUAUGUUAUGAUGGAUCCCUUCACUCCAGAGAAAGAGAAAUUUUUGGUUCUCGGUUCUGCGUGCAGCUUAUGUAAACAAGUGGUCUGCAUUGGGACGGAAUGUAGUCUCUUUUACUCCAAACGAUUUUGUCUGCCUUGUGUCGCAAAGAACAAAAGUGAAUUUCCUCCUGAAAUCCGGCAAGAUUUGGAGAAGAGAAAGGCUCAGUCAAGGUGACAGGAAUGAACUGCUUAGUUUGAGAAGCCGUGUUUUGCAUUGAUUGAAGACAUUGUCACAUUAAUAAAUAUGUUGGUAAAAUUUCA